AUGAUUCAACGAAUUCAAGAAAACAAAAUUUUUAAUGUUACACCACCAGUUGGUGGGGAUUCGGUCAACAUUAAUAAAUGGAUAGAAUUCCGUAAAAAUCUUGAAGAUCAACUUAAUUAUGUGCCAAUUAAAUGGGAUUUAAUUCUUUUAGAUAAUUUUCUUAAACUAUAUCCUCCCGAUAAAACACUCGAAAAAUUUAAAAAUUACUUAGAAACUCAAGAAAAUGGUGAAUUAUCAAAAAAAACAGAUGAAGUAUCUAACGAAACAUGA